GUCCGUCAUGGCAAUUGCAGGCAGCCCUUAAAACUACUAACAUACAAAAGGCUAAAUAUAUUGAAGACCUAAAUAAAAUUAAAGUGUGGCAAAUGGCUUCUCUCCUUUUUCUCCAUCUCUUAACAAUAUUAUCCUUCACCUUUCUAUUGCCUGAACCUGUCAUAGCCCAACAAUAUCCAUACCACAACUGCACAGGCACAAGAAGUUACAGCCCUGGGACUCCAUAUGACAACAAUCUCAGACAACUGCUGAAUGAUUUCAGAAACAACACACCAACCCCAGGUGGCUUUGCUAAUUCCUCCGUCGGGGAGGGCUCCGACAAGGUCUACGGCCUCGUCCUGUGCGGCGGUGGGUUCGAAAGGAAUGAGCGAUGCACGCGAUGUGUGAUUGAUGCAGCCCUAUCCAUCCAACCCCUCUGUGCCUACAAGACACAGGGUGUCAUCUGGUACCAGUUUUGCCUCCUCCGCUACUCAGAGGAGGACUUCUUCGGGAAGGUGGAGAUGAGAGACUUAAACUUUUUCCAGAGCGGAGCGAAUUAUUCUGAGCUAAUGGCCGUCAACAGGACGCUAAGCGGUCUCUUGUUUGGACUAGUUGAAAGGGCCACAAGUGAUCCAUCGUUGUUUGCAAUUCAGAUGGGGGUUCCGGUCGCGGGGCAUCAGACACUGAGUGGUUGGGUUCAGUGUACCAGGGACCUUAGCAGCCAAGGUUGUAGUGAGUGCCUUCGACAUGGAAUUGAACAGAUGUUUAAGUGCUGCAGUCGAAGCUCAUGGGUGCAAAUGCUCGGCGAGAGUUGCAUCAUGAGAUACUGGGUGGUCGCCGCUACCGGGUGGCCUGCUGCAUCUCCUUCUGCAUCAAGUUCAAAUACAACUGGAAGAAAUGGGCUGUCUUCGACAGUCAUUGCCAUCAUCUCAAUCUCAACAACUUUUUUUGGAGUAUUAUUCUUUGCUUGUGUUUGCUAUUGUCUCUGGAGAAGGAAGGAAAGAUUGAAAGGAAACAUCGGAGAACAUGUGCCUAGCAAGAAAGAUGGAGAAGGAAAAGAGCUACCUUUGUUUGAUUUGGAUACAUUAAAGGCUGCCACAAACAAUUUCUCUGAUCAGAACAAGCUUGGAAAAGGUGGUUUUGGCCCAGUUUACAAGGGUAAGCUAAGUGAUGGACAAGAAAUAGCUGUGAAGAGGCUCUCUAGAAGCUCUGGGCAAGGUCUAGAGGAGUUCAGGAAUGAGGUUGUAGUGAUUGCAAAACUACAACACAGAAACCUUGUCAGGCUCCUCGGUUGCUGCUUAGAAAGUGAAGAAAAGCUACUUGUCUAUGAAUACAUGCACAAUGGAAGCCUGGAUGCCUAUAUCUUUGAUUCAAGUAAGAAACAACAGCUACAAUGGAGAAAACGAUUCGACAUCGUUGUAGGGAUUGCUCGAGGCCUACUCUAUCUUCAUCAAGAUUCUCGACUUCGAAUAAUUCACCGAGACUUGAAGGCCAGCAAUGUUUUACUGGACCAUGAGAUGAACCCAAAAAUAUCGGACUUUGGAAUGGCGAGGAUAUUUGAAACAAAUCAAACUCAAGCUAAUACAAACAGGGUUGUGGGAACAUAUGGAUACAUGGCCCCAGAGUACGCCAUGGAUGGACUAUUUUCUAUGAAGUCCGAUGUAUUCAGCUUCGGAAUUUUAUUGCUUGAAAUCAUUUGUGGCAAAAAGAACACUGGUCUCUAUCUUCGUGAGUCUUCACAAAGUCUUCUAGGAACUGCCUGGAGGCUAUGGCAUGAAGGGAAAGGCAUGGAAUUCACAGAUCCAGUCCUGUGUCAAUCCCGUCAUGACAGUGAAAUAUUACGAUGUAUUCAAAUCGGAUUAUUGUGUGUCCAAGAAGAUCCAAUGGAAAGGCCGAACAUGACUUCAACUCUCUCCAUGUUAAACAACGAAGCUGUUGCACUUCCUGUGCCUAGAGAACCGACAUUUUUGGUGGAGAGAAGAAUCCCUAGGGUGGAGUCAGAUCCAUCUUCCAGUAGCAUCAAAACGCAUUCCACAAAUCGGAUCACUAUUUCGGAAAUUAAACCACGAUGAUGAAUGCAGCAACUUUUCGUCCUUGAAGGAUCAUGGAUACACAAGACUAGAGGUUGAGAUGAAUAAUUUCAUCCCCCAAUAAAUUGAAGCACGCUAAUAUUACUUACUAAUAUUGUGGUGUGUGUAUGCUUGUGAAGGUAUUGAACAUUAAUUCUAUUAUUUGUAACAUACAUACUGACUUAUCAUACAAAUCCAAUGCAAAGAGACUCCAUUGCAAAGUCUU